AAAUUAGGUAAAUCGAUAAGGCUAAAGUGGUAAAUUGCAACAAGAAUUAGGUAUAUCAACGUUCCAAGAUUUCGCACUUCGUUAGGAGAGACACUGUCACCCUUCAGAGACGAAUUAUAAGAGUCGAAGUAAAGCAACCAUUUUGAUCAGAGAACAUGCUGUUCUUUUCGUACUUCAAGGACUUAGUUGGUAGGGAAGUGACAGUGGAGCUUAAGAAUGACCUAGCAAUACGAGGCACACUCCAUUCAGUGGAUCAAUAUCUCAAUAUCAAGCUCGAAAACACUCGAGUCGUCGAUCAAGACAAGUACCCUCACAUGCUAUCAGUGAGGAAUUGUUUCAUCAGGGGUUCUGUGGUUAGAUAUGUCCAAUUGCCUCCAGAGGGUGUUGACAUUGAUCUGCUUCAUGAUGCAACAAGAAGAGAGGCUCGGGGCGGCUGAUACACUCUUGUAACUCUUGCAUGUCUUUGUAUGAACAUCUGAUGUAAUUGUGUUAGUAUAAACAGAGCUAUCUUGAUGUUCCGAAUGCUGUAUGUUUGUCCUGAAGAUUGAAGAAUGAGCCCGCGCUUUUGUUGACUGGGCAACUUGGUUGUGUAUCAACAAUUUAUAAUUGCUUAAAACGUGUACUUUACAUGCUAUGUUGACUUAAA